UGAUCCGUGCUCAAGCCUAUUCGACAUGUUGGCUCGAUCAUCCCAUAAACUGGCCAAAGUGGGCUUGGCACUGGGCGGGGCUACGGGGUUGUACGCCGGAUAUCGUUUGGCUUACUCGGAGGAGGGCGAUUUUGACAUCUAUAACAUUGGCGUGGCGCGAUUUGGACGAGCAGCUUUCACGGUGGGCUCAAUUGGCCUAGAUUAUAAGAAAAGUCUAUUUGGACCGCAAGUGGAUCUCGAAUCGGCGGAUUACGAGCAGAUCAAAAGCCACUGUCAUCAAAGGUCGGCUGACAAAUUGCUCAAACUGUGCUGUGACAAUGGCGGCUGUUUCAUCAAGGUGGGUCAACACAUCGGAGCCUUGGACUACCUCCUGCCCGAGGAAUACGUGUCCACCCUCAAGAUCUUGCAUCAUAAGGCCCCAGCCAUGGCUAUGCAUGACGUGAUGGCCGUUUUGCGAGAGGAUUUGAAGACUGACCCCGCUCAAGUGUUUGUCGAAUUUGACGAGGAGCCUUUGGGUACGGCGAGUUUGGCGCAAGUUCAUCGAGCUCGACUCAAAGAUGGCUCGGAAGUGGCGGUGAAAGUGCAGCAUCGAUACGUCAAGAACCACUCGUUUGUGGAUAUCACCACCAUGGAUAUCCUCAUUCGAACGGUCAAGUUGGUGUUUCCCGACUUUGAGUUCAUGUGGUUGGCGGAGGAGAUGAAGAAGAACUUGCCGUUGGAGUUGUCAUUCACGGAGGAGGGCAAGAACGCAGAGAAGAUCUCGAUCCUGUUGGAGAAGUUCUCUUGGCUAAAGAUUCCCGAGAUUCAUUGGGAUCUGACGUCGGAUCGAGUGAUUGUUAUGGAAUAUUGUCCAGGUGGGCAUGUGAAUGAUCUUGAGUACAUAAAAGCCAACAAAAUUGAUCCUCUGGACAUAUCCAAGAAGAUUGGGCAGAUGUACGCGGAAAUGAUCUUCCGUUACGGUUACGUUCAUUGUGAUCCUCAUCCCGGUAAUGUUUUAGUCCAGAAAGACGACAACGGAAAUCCUCAGGUCGUGCUUUUGGAUCACGGACUGUACACACAAUUGACUCAUGACUUCCGGAAGAACUACGCCGACUUCUGGCUCAGCAUACUCAACGCCGAUUUGGACGGUAUCAAACAAAACGCAGACAAGUUGGGCGUGGGCCAACUGUACGGGUUAUUCGCUUGUAUGGUCUCGGGUCGAUCAUGGAGCUCCAUUCAGAAAGGAAUUGGAACCAACGAAAAAAGUUCAGCAGAAAGCAAAGAGAUCAAAGAGAAUGCUCAAAUGUACAUCAAGCAAAUUGCCGAUGUACUAGCGUUCGUGAAUCGACAGAUGAUCCUGUUGUUCAAGACCAAUGACCUUCUCAGAGGAAUCGAGCAUUCGUUGGGCACACAAAACUCCAUGGCUUCCUUUAUUCAAAUGUCUCGGGCGUGUUUCCGAUGUUUGAGUGCAGAAGAGCGACGGCGAUCAAGAACUCGGUGGGGUCGAUUUCAGGUAUCUUUGUGCUCCCAAUGGCAUCAGCUCAAGAUCACAUUUUAUCAAGUGUUUUUAUGGGCGUGGUGGUCUUCUUUAGGCCGAAAAGUGCGAGCGUUGACCUCAUCUUAGCAUCAAAUUUAGAGAAAUUGCUAUGAAUAUGGAAUAACACAUACCAUUAUAUUGUA